GCGUGUCUCCUCUUCUGAGACAUCCUGGUAUAUCUGCUACAACAACCUCCGUCCUCACCACAUCACAUCAAGAUGGCUUCUGCUCUCCGUGUCUUUGUUCUCUGUUUGGCCAGCGGACUGAUGAUCUUAGCGAAUGGGGAUAAUGCAGAUCAAGAAGGUGAUUGUGAUGGACCCUGCCCAUCUGGUUGGACUCAUUUUGACACCCGCUGUUUCCUGUUCCAGCUCGAUGAAAAGGAGUGGUCAGAUGCAGAGCGUCACUGCACUCUUCUUGACGGAAACCUGGCUUCAAUCCAAACGUCAGGCGAGUACACCUUCCUCAGAGACCUGAUUCACAAAGCGACCCACACCCAUAAAGAAGUCUGGGUCGGAGGCUAUGAUUCUCCAAAGAACAACGUGUGGCUGUGGAGUGAUGGUUCUCAGUUUGAGUUCAAUGGCUGGGGAAAAGGAGAGCCUAACGACCACUGGGGGGAAGGAUGUAUGGAGAUGAACUUCAGAGGACGCGAUUACGUCAACGAUGCAAAGUGUAACAAGAAGAAAUCUUUUGUUUGUGCCAUGACGCCAUAACAAUCCAUCUGCUUUCAUGAUGAUAUCAAACCCCACUGAUGUCUUCCAUCAGGAUGUCAAGCCUCGAUGACAUCACUCCUGGAAAAUAUUUAGACAAAUCAUAUUAAACUUUUCUUCCAUUAAUAACCUCAAACUCUUUGUAAGACGUUUCUUGGAAAGCUAAUUAAAAUGUCUCUGUGUUUCCAUGGAAA